UGUGAAUGGUUUGGAGCCGGCAUGGCGGCAGGGAUGGAUGAGGAGAGCCUGCAGGAUCUGUACUCCUGGGUCGACACCAUCCACCUCUCCAGAUCCAAACGCAACAUCGCCAGGGACUUCAGCGACGGAGUCUUAAUCGCUGAAGUGGUGAAGUUUCAUUUCCCAAAACUGGUUGAGAUGCACAACUACACACCAGCCAACUCAACCCAGCAGAAAUUGAACAACUGGGCUCAUCUGAACAGGAAGGUUUUCAACAGACUCAACUUCUACAUCCCCGAUGACGUGGUUCGCAAGGUCGCUCAGUGUUCUCCUGGAGUUGUAGAGCUUGUGCUGAGCACGUUACGACUCAAGAUUGGAGAGAAGCUAAAAGAGAGAAAGAAUAAGGCGGCUUCAUCACCACAGGACCAUGAGUAUUAUAGCACAGCAAUGGAACAAGACAUAGGCCAGCUUCCGGCAUCACCACGAUCAAAGGGCUAUACAACAGAGGAUCAUCACUAUAUUCAACUACAAGCUGACCAUCCAGCGUUGAGUCCAAUGAAGGCAUCACCUGCAUGCACACAGAAAAGCCAACUAAGCCCAGAGGUACGGAUCUUGAUGGAGGAAAAAGAACAGGCAAUGCUGGCUUUUCAGGAAACUAUCCAGAUACUCCAGGUGAAAGUUCGCCGACUUGAGCACCUUCUGUACCUGAAAAACGUCCGAAUUGAUGACCUCACACGGCGUGUGCAGCAAGCUGAGCAAAGAUAAAAGUGCCUUUCCUCUCACCUCUCAUUUCAGCCAUGACAAGCAUAUUAAAGCUUUUUACGGAUCAGUGUUUAAAAGGAUUAAUGAUCACAAAAAUCUCUUGACAUUUACCAACCUGACUGAAAAUGUAUAGCAGAUAGUCAAAGGGAAUUAUGAACCUGGUCUCAGAUGUAGCAGCUAAUUUGGGCUGUUGGGCAUCACAACCGGACCCCAAUCCUUCCUCACCUGACAUCAACUUGCAUGCAUCUUAUGGCUUGGUCUACUGGAUUGUGACAAGCAAUUUUCCACUGUCUAACCCAGUACACGAAACUGUUCAUGUAACUUUUUCAGCAACAUAGUCAAACUCAGCACAUUUAGGAUGAUGAGCUAUGGCCUCACUCUUGUAUGGAACCUAGUAAUUGUGUCGCAUUUUCAGCCCUCAUGUCAGCUGCAAUAGUGACUCCGAUCACAAAAUAGACACAGAGGAAGGCCUUUUUUCAUCACCUGAAGUAAUACCUCCAAAAAUGGCCCACAGUGUCCCCAUCUUACGCUCUGAUUUUUUUCUAAAAUGACUUCAGUCUUUUUGCCUUCUGCCUUAUCUGGGUGUCUGUUCCAAGCCUUGAUCAAAUUUUUUAAAGGAAGAUUUUCCUGGCACCUGUCCUCAAUUCGUUUUCAGCUAAUUUGAGUUUGUACCACUUGCCUUAGUGCCACCAUUAUUUUGAAAUCACCUCACGGCUUCAAACUGCGACACAAUUUAUUUCCUUUGUCACGGCUAUGAGGACAGCAGUUUUGGUCACCUCCUUUCAAGGAUGAAAAGGUCAUGCUUCCCCCAAACUAAUAUUCCUCCCACAACUAAUGUUACCAAGGGGGAGAAAGAAACUCGUCAUCCAUCUUGUUAGUAUUUUGUCGGAGCUCAGUAUAUUCAAAAUGGCUGCCACGUUUGCCUCGAGACACUGCACUCCAAGACAUUUAUGACACGCAAAGCUCCUUGAGACAUUGAGAGGGGAGUGAGCUCAGGAUGGCGUUCAUUAACUCGGGUUAGCAAUGAGCAUGAUCGUAGUGAAUAAUUGCCUUUUCUCUUGCAUAUGCAGAUUCCAGAACUGCACACAAAACUCUAGCUGUGGCCUAACCAGCAUUACGGGUGACCUG